GCCCACUCUCUUCCCCCCCAUUUUCCCCUGAUCCGGGUCUCAUUUCCUUUUUCCCCCUCUUUCGCGUCGCUUUCUUCCCUAGGAUUGCAUUUCUUGCAAAUCAUUCAAGAGAACCCGUCUCAAACAAUCAGAAGGAGCGCCCAUUGUUGCGGUUCUGUGAACCUCUCCAUCUGCAAACAAGCAAGCAAGCAAGUUACUUACUUGUCUUUCCGUUCCCCUCAUCUUUCUCCUCGAGUGAUCUUCGCUGUCCGAUCUUACUUUUUGCGACAACUUGUUAUAGAGAUAGACCGGUUCUACACUCUACCAUGCUCCUUUCAAUGUUCAUAGUUUGAUCAAUCUCUUCUCGAAUUUCUCUCAUUCUCCUCUGUAUACAACCAACCAUCCCCCCUUUCCGCUUCCCCCCUCAUACUUACUGCCGCCAUGGACGAAUCGCUCCUCUCCGACCCCAUUCCGCCCCCCUCGUCCGACCUACGAAGCUUGAGCCAUUCCGGUCGCACCAAAACGACUCCAAUCGAUUUCGAGACCAUGACCAGCUCGGGUCGCAGCAAUGGCCGCUCCUCCUCCAUCGACUCCAGCUCCGACAGACCGAAGUCACAAGCCGGCGAUGCCGACUCCGCCAAGGCAGGCUCCAGCGGAUUUUCCAAGCUACUAGCCGCGCGUCGCAACAAGAAAAAGAAGAAAGAUGCCCAAAAGCCAGCCGACGAGCUACCAACUCAAUACGAACUGGAGGAUGAUCAGCACAUCCAAGAGAGUCGCUCGAACGAGUCGCGGGACGGAACCUCGGUCGCUUCAUCUCUGGCUAACGAUCUACCGCCCCCUCCGGACCACGACGCUAUUAACCUCCUCACAGAUGACUCCGAGCCUGAUCGCACUCCACCGCUCACCUCGCACAAUUCCCACAGCGGCUUCUAUACCUCAUCCUCCCCCUUGAUCAAAACAACCUCCGUGGAAGCAAGUAACGAUCGUGCUCAGGGAGAUUUAGAAUCGGUCAUGAGUGGCGCCAGUGCCGGCGCGGACUCGAUUCCUGACUCUGAGCGCUCCAGACCUACCAGCCAACACGGUCAUACUCUGAGUGUGCCAUCAAAUGGAAAGAAGAGAGGCAUCUCACCUGGUCGACGACUGAAGAAUGCAUUCACUUCGAACCAAGAGAAAAAACCCAAUCGAGAUCGAACAAACUCGACAUCCGCGGAAAGCACAAAAAGCAGGAGUGGUAGCGUGUCGGCGAAAAAGGCUCCAAUCAUAAUUGAAGACGAACCUCUCCCCAGAAUGCCUGCCCCAAUCUUGACGGACCUAAAGGAGGAUAGACCACUCUCCUCCUUGGACGCCCCCGCUCCGCGAACGCCUCCACAUACAGCAAUCCCACAACCCGCGACCACGGUAACUCCCCCGACCCCUCGGACAGACUUCCCCAAGCUCUUCGCCUCUUCCGAUGUGACGGCCUCUCCAGACUCGAUGCACUCGAAGGAGGGUGUAGUGGUCAGCCCGUCUGGCAAUAUGAUCUCCCACCGGCGCGUGCGGUCUGCCUCGGCUGCAAGCCAUAAACCGAGCAAGUUGUCAAAUUCCGUAUCUGCUUUGGGUCCCACCACAGAGGAGACAAAAGCAAACUCGAAACCUCCUCCCAGCGCCCAGCAGUCGAGCUUCUUCUCCUCGGUCUUUUCUGCCGCGCAGAAUGCCGCAUCGUCUCUCAGUAGCAGUCUCAACGCGCAAUCCAAAGGUCGGAAUGUCAGUCAGGCAAUGGCAGCAGAGCCUGACAGUCGCACCAUCAACGACAAGCAGGAAAGCUCGAAUCAGCAGGUGGAAAGCAGAAAACCAGAUGAAAAGAAGCCCAUGGCUGUUGAUACGUUGGGGUCGGGCAAUCUCGAUUUCAGCCACUUGGACAUUGCAAUCCCUCCCGGUGGGUCGGUAUCCACUCCGGAUGGGGUGGUGAUCACGAAGCCAGAUCUACCUUCCGACAGGCGCAAAGGCCCUGGCGUCCUGCAACGGGACGAGGAGUCUGCCAGACUGGAAGAUAGCCGCGCUGCUCGUGCCGUCACCAUGGCUUACGAGCAACCGGCCGCCACAUCUCUCGCUCGACCCAUGGAUGAUGGCGUUGAUGGCCAAUCCAAUACUUCCCUCACCAGGGAAGGCACUGGAGACCAGACAACGCCCAGUGGUAGCGUCGUGGAGGGCGAGCUGGGAGGCACGAGACCAUACCGAAGUGGCAGUAUUCGGAGUCGCAUGGCCCGUCGGAGACAUCGAGGCUCAUCUGGAGCAACCACCUCGACUGUUGGCGCCAUUGGCGCUAGCGCAAUAGCCCUUGGGGCCCCUAGUGCCAAUGCCAGCGUGCCACGGCUCACGGGGUUUGCCGUUGCCAGCAAGAAACGUAAUCGAGACUUCCAUCAGUUAUUCCGCAGCGUCCCCGAAGACGACUAUCUAAUCGAGGAUUAUAGUUGCGCCCUCCAGCGAGAGAUCAUUCUGGCCGGUCGCAUUUACAUCUCUGAAGGUCACAUUUGCUUUUCCAGUAACAUUCUGGGUUGGGUGACGACUCUGGUCAUCAGCUUCGAUGAGGUUGUCGCGAUUGAGAAGGAGUCAACCGCGAUGGUCUUUCCGAAUGCCAUUGCCAUCCAGACACUUCAUGCGCGACACACCUUCCGCAGUCUCCUUAGUCGAGAGUCUACGUAUGAUUUGAUGGUCAAUAUUUGGAAAAUCAACCAUCCUUCCCUCAAAAGCUCAGCAAAUGGAACCAGGGUCACUGACGGCACUGGAGACAAGACUGAGAAGGCAGCUGGGAGCGAUGUGGAGAGCGACGAGGAAGACGAGAUCUAUGAUGAGGAUGAAGAAGGCGAUAAUGCCGACAGCAUCUUCGAAGGAGCGACUAGUGUCCAUGGCAGUGAGAAGUCAGUGCCUUCAAAGAUUAUCAGCCGCCAAGCUUCGGGUCUCCUUCAAGGUGCCAGUAAUGGGCCGUCAGCUCCUAAUGGGGAAGCCAAAGGCAGCAAGUCGACCUUCCCUAGCGAUGGCGAUGCGGAUUUCCCUGGGCCCCCCACUCACCCACCCACUGAGUUCACUGACCCUUCAGGCCAGUAUGACAAGGUGAUCAAGGACGAGAUUAUCCCGGCUCCUUUGGGCAAAGUUUACUCUUACAUCUUUGGUCCAGCAUCAGGCGCUUUUGUACCUAAGUUUCUGGUGGAAAACCAGAAGUCUGGAGAGCUUCAGUUUGAAAGUGGGAACAAAGGUCUCACCAACGAGAGUAAAACGAGAAAGUACUCUUACAUCAAGCCACUUAAUGGAUCCAUUGGUCCCAAGCAGACUAAGUGUAUCAGCACAGAAACUUUGGACUUUUUGGAUCUGGAAAAGGCGGUCUUGGUCACUUUGAGCACCCAAACGCCGGAUGUGCCUAGUGGCAAUGUCUUCUGUACGAAGACCAAAUAUCUGUUCACCUGGGCGGCGAACAAUCAGACACGGUUUCUGAUGACCUGCACUAUCGAGUGGUCCGGAAAGAGUUGGCUGAAAGGUCCCAUUGAAAAGGGUGCCAUUGAUGGGCAAGGUUCGUUUGGAACGGAACUUGUGAAUGCCCUCAAGGCUGCAGUCGCACCUCGCGGUCGCACUGGCGGUGCCAAAUCCGGUAAAGGCAAGGGCCGCCGUAAGAGAAGCGAGUCUACUCAAGAGGACACUUCGGCGGCGACAAAAGCAGCCGAGGAGGCAGCUACUCAAAAGGCGAGAUCUUGGGGUCCUUUGGAGCCACUCCAUGGGGUGCUUGGUCCUGUUGCAGACAUUGUCACGCCUUUGUUGGGUGGCAAUGCCACCCUUCUCAUUAUCGGCAUUCUACUCUUCAUGCUCUUCUUCCGAAGUCCUUCUCAGUCGUCGACGACGUCCCAUGACAUCGGAUGUCCAGGUUACUCCUUGCCUCAGCGUCUGGCUGCCUACGAGGAGAUGUGGCGGAGAGAGGAAAGUGAGCUCUGGAGCUGGUUGGAAGACCGGGUGGGCAUGGAUGGCCUUGCCUUCCCGACAGUCAGCCAACCCGCCGGCUCGCGGACACAUCACUACUCUCGCAAGAUGCAAGGCGAGCGCGCUCUAGCGGGUAAGCUGAAUGAAGAGAAGAUGUCGGAUCUUGAAAUGGACCAUGCCAUUCGAUCCACGCGCGAACGGCUUGACACGUUAGAGAAGAUUCUUUCCACUCGACGGUCUGACACGCCACCAGUGGACCAAGACACCGUCCACCGGGAAUUGUAAAUAGGCUAGUGAGCCCUUCGGACAUAACGCGAUCUUUCACAGUACCAUAUGACCCUGUACAGGACCAGUCCUUCUCAGGCUGGUUACACCCGUCCCUCGUUAUACCUCUCUUAUACUCUCAUGUUUGUUCAGCGGGUUUUUUGUGGUAGCAUCACUCGAUCUAGCACUGAUUUCGAACCGAUUCCAGCAGUUGUCAUCCAAGCAUCAAUCUGGGAUUUGUAUGCUUUAUCCUGAAUGUUGACUAUCUGUUUCUUGUCAUUUCUUCCCAAAUACUUCCUGGUCUAUCGUUUACAGUUUUUACUCCGCUUUACUCCGCUCUGAUUUUCCAGUGUC